UCUGAGCCUGGAGCUGGCCGAGAGGGAGCCUUCUCCCCCACCCAUCUCAGCAGCAAGGGCACCUGCAGGAAAAAUACCCCCAGGCAAGGCUGCGUGGCACUGUGAAGUGAGUGAUGGAAUAAGCUACACUUGUUUUUGGAUGGAUUACACUACAUACGAACUGAAAGUUAUACCUCCUUAUAAGGAUAUGAAAAAGGCCCUCAAACAAUCCUUUUCAAACAGCUGGGCAGCAAAAAGCUUUUGAAUGGAUCACACUUACAGCAGACCAUUAGUUGAAUGGGAUCAGCAUUUCUCCUGCUAAAUAAUCUGAAGUUAAGGAUCUGGAAAAGAGAUUUUUGCAGAGAUGACCCAUUUACAAACUGGACUUAGUCCAGAGACUAUAGAGAAAGCCCGUUUGGAACUGAAUGAAAACCCAGAUGUUUUGCAUCAGGAUAUCCAACAAGUCAGGGACAUGAUCAUCACCAGGCCUGACAUUGGGUUUUUACGUACGGAUGAUGCCUUCAUCUUGAGAUUUCUCCGAGCCAGAAAGUUUCACCAAACAGAUGCCUUCAGACUGCUGGCCCAGUACUUCCAGUACCGCCAGUUAAACCUGGAUAUGUUCAAGAACUUCAAGGCUGAUGAUCCUGGGAUCAAACGGGCUCUGAUUGAUGGAUUCCCUGGAGUGCUGGAAAAACGUGAUCACUACGGCAGGAAGAUUCUUCUGCUUUUUGCAGCUAACUGGGAUCAGAGUAGGAACUCCUUCACAGAUAUUCUACGGGCUAUUCUGUUGUCUUUGGAAGUUCUCAUUGAAGAUCAAGAGCUUCAGAUAAAUGGCUUCAUUUUAAUUAUAGACUGGAGCAAUUUCUCCUUCAAGCAAGCCUCCAAGCUAACACCGUCCAUCCUCAAACUCGCCAUUGAAGGGUUACAGGACAGCUUUCCUGCUCGCUUUGGAGGAGUCCAUUUUGUCAACCAGCCCUGGUACAUCCAUGCCCUGUACACGCUAAUCAAACCAUUUCUCAAAGACAAGACAAGGAAAAGGAUCUUUCUCCAUGGUAACAAUCUGAACAGCCUUCACCAGCUAAUACACCCAGAAUGCCUGCCCUCUGAAUUUGGAGGUACGCUUCCUCCUUAUGACAUGGGAACUUGGGCUCGGACAUUACUUGGUCCUGACUACAGUGAUGAAAAUGAAUACACUCACACGUCCUACAACGCGAUGCACGUGAAGCACUCAUCCUCCAACCUAGAGAGGGGGUGCUCACCGAAACACAUGACAAGGUCUCAGUCUGUGGUGGAACCUGGCACGCUGAAACACGAGGAACUGGGUGAGAGCGAGAACACCCAACUUCUACUGGCUCUAGACUGAGUUCUGCAUCACCAACACACACAAACGCAUUGCCAAAUUUCAACAGCACCAGAAACCUGCAAAGCACACAACACGCUUUAAACACUCUCUCUCUCUCUGUGCGCUCGAAAAUAGGUCCUCCAUUUGUCCAGACCAACUAAUGAUUGUCACCAGCCACCUGUCUGUGCAGCCAAAGCUAAACAAAGACAGAGAUUUCUUUUGGUGCAAGAUGCUAACUAAGAUAAAGUAAGGAGUCUAGUUGUAAAAAACAAAACAAAAACAUUUUCUUUUUUCCUUUUUAGAUUUGCAAUGUUAAAAUGACUGAAAAGCGAAGGAUGAGCUCCUUUGUACACAUAUAAAUGAUGCACAGAUGGAAGUUUUUCUGAGUCAUUAUGCAGGGAUGCGCUUUAAUUUCCUAAAACAAAGUUUAGAUUAAGUGCAUUUUAAAGUACAGUAUCUUGAAGUUAACCUGUGCAGUCUAAUUAUUAGGUUUAAUGUAGCUUGCAGACCUGAGAUAACAGCAUCGCCAAUACCCUUCAAUCCCUACCAAGGUUUUUAAAAAAACAAAAUAAAACCCAAAACAUCACCAGCAUAAUGUCAUUCAACAUUACAGUAUGUGAUAUCCUCCUGGCUGCUUGCAGGGUUCACUUAUUUCUGUACCCUGCAAAGAUUAUUCUUUAUUUAUGAAGCCUUUAUAAAACUGUCAGCUAAAUGUAAUGAGCUAUGUGGGCAGCAGCCACACACAAUUUGAAAUGCAAUUAUUUAAUUUUACCAAUGUGUUUUUCCACAGGCAACUCUACAGCCUGUUAAGCCCUGUGUGUGCGUUGAGGAGGGGAGGGGGAGUCAGAAAAAAUUCACUGGUGAUUAAUGGUUCAAUCCA